UCCCUAAUUAAUGCAAAAAGAAAAAAAAGGUUUCUGUUCUCUUGGAACUCCCAACACCCAAUCCCGCUUUUUCUCUCUCUCUUUUAUACUUUCCCCUUCUUCUAAUUCUUCUUUGUAUUUUAUCUGAACCCACCAAACAAACUUCAAAAUAACACCCUCUUCUUCUUUCUGAUCUAGGGCAUAACAAAACCCUAAUCGCCGAUUUCUUCAUAACUAGCCGUUUCCACCCUCAUUUCCCGCCAUUUUUAGCUUCGUUCAUUCACUCAACUGAAUUCCAUCAUAACGUGAGAAUGGCAGAGUUGGAAGCUGAGAAGAAAUGUGAGGAAGAGAAGGAGAAGGGAGGAGAGUUGCUGUUUUGUGGGUCUACAAAUUGGGAUACUGUUGGUAGGAAGAAAACUGGGACUGAAGGCAAUUUGUACUCUCCUACUCGGCUUCGACCGCUUGUCGGAAUCGACAUUCGGUUUGUUGCAUCUGGUUGUGUUUCAUGUCAUUGCGUGGCAUUGGAUGUUGAUGGUCGUUGCUAUACAUGGGGGCGGAAUGAGAGGGGACAGUUGGGACAUGGAGAUACUCUGCAACGGGAUAGGCCCACAGUUGUAUCUGAACUUUCAAAGCAUAAAAUAGUGACAGCAGACUCUGGGCGGUCACAUACAGUGGUGGUGACUGAUGACGGACAAUCCUUUGCCUUUGGCUGGAACAAACAUGGGCAGUUGGGUUCUGGUUCACUAAGAAAUGAGAUUGAAUCUUCUCCCAUUCGCUGUCUUGUAUCUGAAGUCAAGUCAGUUGCUUGUGGUGGGGAAUUUACUGCAUGGUUAUCAUCUGUCCAAGGAGCUUCACUACAAACGGCUGGUCUUCCCCAAUAUGGUCAACUUGGUCAUGGAACUGAUAAUGAGUACAAUACGAAAGAUAGUUCUGUAAGACUUGCUUAUGAGCCUCAACCGCGUCCAAAAGCAAUAGCUUCCUUCUCUGCAGAAACCAUUGUUAAAGUUGCUUGCGGGACCAACCACACAGUGGCUGUGGACUCCAAUGGCUAUGUUUACACCUGGGGCUUUGGUGGUUAUGGAAGACUUGGACACCGGGAACAGAAGGAUGAGUGGUCCCCACGGCGUGUAGAUGUGUUUACAAGGCAUAAUGUUCUACCUCCUGAUGCAAUAGUUUCAGCAGGUGGUAUGAAUUCGUCAUGUACUGCUGCUGGUGGGCAAUUGUACAUGUGGGGAAAAAUGAAGAAUACAGGUGAUGACUGGAUGUAUCCAAAGCCUUGUAUGGAUUUAAGUGGAUGGAAUUUGCGAUGUAUGAAUUCUGGCAAUUUGUUCCAUUUUGUUGGUGCUGACUCAUCAUGCAUAAGUUGGGGUCAUGCCCAGAAUGGAGAAUUGGGUUAUGGACCUAAUGGACAGAAAUCUUCAGCUAAUCCCAAGAAGGUGGAUAUCCUUGAGGGCAUGCAUGUUAUCAGCGUUGCAUGUGGAUUUGCACAUUCGAUGGUGGUGGUUGAUCGAACAGAUAUGAGUGAUCGUCUUGAUCAGCUUGAUGUUUAUGAUGGAAAAGCAUCUGGAGAAGUUGCUGAGGUCAGUGAGCCAGUUGCUUCUGCCAAGAAACCUACUAAGAAGAGCACAGUUGACAAUUCAAAGAAGAGAAAGGACGUAUCUGAGUCUGAAGAGGACGAAGACCAAGAGAACGAUGAUGACAACAGUGAUGAUGGAAGUGAAGAGGUGGAAAAUGGAAAGAUAGACAAGAGGCAACGAGGUGGGAAAGCUGCAGGUAGAGGUCGUGGAAGUGGAGGGAAGAAAGCUCCGGCUGAGAGUAAAAGCAGCGGAAGAGGUCGUGGUCGCCCUAAAGGGUCGAGAGGGAGGCCUCGUAAGUGAAGUGAGGUGAGGUGCUGAAUUCAAUUUCCCGCUUAUGAAAGAGUGGAAAUUUUGUCUAAAUAUAUAUGUAGAGGUUGUAUUAUGUAGUAGGCCUUUGGACUUGACAUUCCAUUUUCCCAUUCAUUAAAAAGAAAUAGGAAAAGUGAGGGAGAGAGGAAGGCUAGGAGGUUCUUACUUCUUACUGGUUCUUGGGAUUUAAUUGUUUAGAGCUAACAUUAAAAUGUGAGAAAUGAUGCUUGGGAGGAAUUGAUUUGUACCUUUUAUUGGAAAGGAAAUUCGAAUUCUUUCUUGUCA